AUGGUCCUGACGCUGCUCCUCUCCGCCUACAAGCUGUGCCGCUUCUUCGCCAUGUCCGGCCCACGACCCAGAGCCGAGCGGCUGGUGGUGCCGGGGACCGAUCAGGGUGGCGGCGCGGGCCCGUGGUGGGCUUCGGGCGGCCGCGGGUCCCGCGAGGUGUCGCCUGGGGUGGGCGCUGAGGUGCGGGGCGCCCUGGAGCGUGCCCUGCCUGAGCUGCAGCAGGCGCUGUCGGCGCUGAAGCAGGCAGGGGCCGCGCGGGCUGUGGGCGCGGGCCUAGCCGAGGUCUUCCAGCUGGUGGAGGAGGCCUGGCUGCUCCCAGCCGUGGGCCGCGAGGUGGCCCAAGGUCUGUGCGAUGCCAUCCGCCUAGAUGGCGGUCUGGACCUGCUGUUGCGGCUGCUGCAGGCGCCGGAGCUGGAGACGCGUGUGCAGGCUGCGCGGCUGCUGGAGCAGAUCCUGGUAGCUGAGAACCGGGACCGCGUGGCGCGCAUCGGCCUGGGCGUGAUCCUGAACCUAUCGAAGGAGCGUGAACCCGUGGAGCUGGCACGGAGCGUGGCGGGCAUCAUGGAGCACAUGUUCAAGCACUCGGAGGAGACGUGCCAGAGGCUGGUGGCAGCCGGCGGCUUGGACGCUGUCCUGUACUGGUGUCGCCGCACCGACCCGGCGCUGCUGCGCCAUUGCGCGCUGGCGCUGGCUAACUGCGCCCUGCACGGGGGCCAGGCGGUGCAGCGACGCAUGGUGGAGAAGCGCGCCGCCGAGUGGCUCUUCCCGCUCGCCUUCUCCAAGGAGGACGAGCUGCUGCGGCUGCACGCCUGCCUGGCUGUGGCCGUGUUGGCCACCAACAAGGAGGUGGAGCGUGAGGUGGAGCGCUCAGGCACGCUGGCGCUUGUGGAGCCGCUUGUGGCCUCGCUGGACCCUGGUCGCUUUGCCCGCUGCUUGGUGGACGCCAGCGACACGAGCCAGGGACGCGGACCAGACGAUCUGCAGAGCCUCGUGCUGCUGCUGGACUCGUCCCGCUUGGAAGCCCAGUGCAUCGGGGCUUUCUACUUGUGCACAGAGGCUGCCAUCAAGAGUCUGCAGGGCAAGACCAAGGUGUUCAGCGACAUUGGCGCCAUCCAGAGCCUAAAACGCCUGGUUUCCUACUCCACCAAUGGCACCACUUCAGCACUGGCCAAGCGUGCACUGCGCCUGCUGGGGGAGGACGUGCCCCGGCGCAUCCUGCCCUGCGUGGCCAGCUGGAAGGAGGCUGAAGUGCAGACGUGGCUGCAGCAGAUCGGCUUCUCCCAGUACUGCGAGCGCUUCCGGGAGCAGCAGGUAGAUGGCGAUCUGCUUCUACGGCUCACAGAGGAGGAAUUACAGAGUGACCUGGGCAUGAAAUCCAGCAUCACCCGCAAGAGGUUCUUUAGAGAGCUCACAGAGCUCAAGACCUUUGCCAACUACGCUAUGUGUGACCGCAGCAACCUGGCAGACUGGUUGGGCAGCCUGGACCCUCGCUUCCGCCAGUACACCUAUGGUCUGGUCAGCUGUGGCCUGGACCGCUCCCUCCUGCACCGUGUGUCCGAGCAGCAGCUGCUGGAGGACUGCGGCAUCCGCCUGGGUGUGCAUCGAACGCGCAUCAUCUCUGCCGCCAGAGGUCACUCAAGUGAUAGAGGGCUAGCCUUGAGGAGGAUGUCCCUCACAGUGUGUGGUGGGAAGGGUUACACUUACUUGCUAUCUCUCUUGCUGGCCUCAGAAAUGCUACACUCCCCGCUGCCCUGCAGUGGCAGCAAGCCCAGUGGGGACACCCCAGAUGUUUUCAUCAGCUACCGAAGGAACUCAGGCUCCCAGCUGGCCAGCCUCCUGAAGGUGCACCUGCAGCUGCAUGGCUUCAGUGUCUUCAUUGAUGUGGAGAAGCUGGAAGCCGGCAAGUUUGAAGACAAGCUCAUCCAGAGUGUUAUGGGGGCCCGCAACUUUGUGCUGGUGCUGUCGGCCGGAGCACUGGACAAGUGCAUGCAGGACCAUGACUGCAAGGACUGGGUGCACAAGGAGAUUGUAACUGCAUUAAACUGUGGCAAGAACAUCGUGCCUGUCAUUGAUGGCUUCGAGUGGCCUGAGCCCCAGACUCUACCUGAGGACAUGCAGGCCGUGCUUACCUUCAAUGGCAUCAAGUGGUCCCACGAGUACCAAGAGGCCACCAUCGAGAAGAUCAUCCGCUUCCUGCAGGGCCGUUCCUCUCGGGAGUCAUCUGCAGGCUCCGAUACCAGUUUGGAGGGUGCUACAGCCAUGGGCCUGCCCUAGCCAGCCUCCCAGCAACCAAACCCUGCUGUGACUCCCAUUUCCAGAGUCUUCCCCCAAGGAACAGCUCCUCAAAAUGGCUGCCCGGGGCCUUCUCAGGAAAUGGCUCUGCCUUUCCCUACCCUCUUGGUCCACUUCAAACCCACUUUCCUCAAUAUCUGGAGGUGUGGGAGAAGUCUUCCUCCCUCAGACUCUGUCAUCAGGUUCUCUGCUUUCUACUCCUAGAGCCAGGUCCCUGCUCUGCUCUGGAGAAACAAGACAUUGAGGAGAAGGGAGAAGAGUCUUCUUCCUGAUUAGGGUAAAGGCAGGCAGCCUCUGGUAGGAAAUUAGAGAAAUAGGCUCUCUGCCUGGGCCUCUUAAGUCUGAGCUAGGGCCUAGGCCACAAGGCAGCCAGAGAUGCAUAUCCUGGUAUGGCUGUCCCCUGAGACUCUGGUCCCUGGCUUGCCCCUUUCUGCUGCCUUGUCAUCUUACUGUGGAACCACUCACUGCUGCCUCCCACACCCCCCUCCUUCUACCCCAGCCUUCCUUUGGGGCAGCUUUCUCUGCCAUAUCUCUGGUUUAGGUUGGGCUGAACUGGCCAUUUGGUUAUACUUUCUGGUGCAAAGAGUCACCCCUGCCUGGAUAGGGGAGGCUCUGUCUCAAAGCCACCUUACCCUAUUCCUUGGUAUUGUGCCUAAGGGUCCUGCCUGACCUAAGCAGGCUGGUUUACCCAGCCUCUCACCCACUCAGGCUUGCUCCCUGUUGCGCAGGGAAGCAACCAGUAGCCUAGGCAAAGCCUGCAAUUCUACGAGGCGAGAUCCCCAGGAGCACAGGUUAGUCUUAGGACAGUUUUUGCAACUGCAGUAUGCAUGCAACCCACUGGGAAUAUUGCUUAAAUCCAAUUCAGGAGAUGAGCAGGUUGGGGCUGAGUCUGCCAAUGGUCACUGACCCCCAGCUCCAAUGAUAUCGAUGCCUCAAAGGACAGUGCUUUGAGCAGCAGCUCCUCACAGACCCCUGCCAUUUCCCAAACCCUUCCUUCACAGUCUCUCAUCACCACAGCAUCCCUGUCCUGUAAUAUCACUCCCAUUGUGGAUAAGGAAGAGAGGCUGAGUGAUAAGCCCAGUUCCCAAGUCUACAAUGGCAACCCUAAGACACCCCAGGUGGAAUUGCUAUCCUGAACAUCAUCCCCCAGGAAGAGUGGGAGCCAGACAGAAGUGACCAGCAGGAGCAUCCCCCGGCCCCUCCCUGCACUGGAGGACUUGAAAGCAGUCAGGCUCCGGCAGGCAGAAUUGACUGAUACAGGCCAUGUAUCUGUCCCACUGUUUCCCUCUGAGGGUGGACGGGGAGGGGUCAAACAAGGCUGUUGUUACUCCCAGAUCUCUGCAUGGGGAGCUGGCCAAGUCCCCCUUGCUCUUGGAACACAUAAUCUCUCUCCAGGCUUGAACACCUUCCUUCCUCUCCUCUCCCUGCCAAAGACUUCUACUGGUCCUAGCCUAAAUCUGGCUUUGACUCCCCACCAUCCUCCCACAGCUAGGCAGUGAGAACUCUCACUCUCCAGGAGUAAUCCUAGUUGGUGCCACGACCUCAAGAGGUUCCCACCGGCAUUACUUGAGAAGUCACUAGUUUUUCUGUUUGAGACACACUCCAUUGCUGUCCACUGCCAUUGUCUGACCCUUUGGUGACCCCUGAGCCUCUCCUGUCUUCCUAGACAAUCAGAGCCCAAUCUCCUGACCCAGCCAAUGUCAGUGACCAGCCUCCCCACAGGCAGGCCUGUAGCUCAGGGGUGAUGCCCAUGACAAACAUGCUCAGACUGCAGCCAGAGCCAGCACCUGGGCUCCAGCUUCCACCCAGUCACUGCCCUGACUCAGAUCUUCAGGGCCAGGGUUUUCUGCUUGGCUAGUCUA